GACGGAUGGCGCGCGUGCGUGCGUGCCCCGCCCCUCCACCGCGGCCCGGAUGAAGAGUAACGCCAUUACCGCCAGAGCCUCCGAGAGCCCUAGCGGACCCGCACCGGACGCUGACCGGCCGUACCAUGAGACUCCUCCCCCGCCUGCUGCUGCUGUUCCUGCUGGCCUUUCCCGCCGCCGUGCUGCUCCGAGGCGGCCCCGGAGGGUCAUUAGCUUUGGCUCAAGAUCCUACAGAAGAUGAAGAAAUAGUGGAAGAUUCAAUAAUUGAAGAUGAAGAUGAUGAAGCUGAAGUAGAAGAAGAUGAACCCACAGAUUUGGCAGAAGAUAAAGAAGAGGAGGAUGUAUCCAGUGAACCAGAAGCUUCACCCAGUGCAGACACAACUAUUCUGUUUGUAAAAGGAGAAGAUUUUCCGGCAAACAACAUCGUGAAGUUCCUGGUUGGCUUUACAAACAAGGGGACAGAAGAUUUUAUUGUUGAAUCGCUAGAUGCCUCGUUCCGUUAUCCUCAGGACUACCAGUUUUACAUCCAGAAUUUCACAGCUCUUCCUCUAAACACUGUAGUGCCACCCCAGCGGCAGGCAACUUUUGAGUAUUCCUUCAUCCCUGCAGAGCCGAUGGGAGGACGACCCUUUGGUCUGGUUAUCAAUCUGAACUACAAAGAUUUGAACGGCAAUGUAUUCCAGGAUGCUGUCUUCAAUCAGACGGUCACAGUUAUUGAAAGAGAGGACGGGUUAGAUGGAGAAACAAUUUUUAUGUAUAUGUUCCUUGCUGGUCUUGGGCUUCUGGUUGUUGUUGGCCUUCAUCAGCUCCUGGAAUCUAGAAAGCGCAAGAGACCCAUACAGAAAGUAGAAAUGGGUACCUCAAGUCAGAAUGAUGUUGACAUGAGCUGGAUUCCUCAGGAGACUUUGAAUCAGAUCAAUAAAGCUUCUCCCAGAAGGCAGCCCCGGAAGCGGGCGCAGAAGCGAUCGGUGGGAUCUGAUGAGUAAAUGUUGUGUGUGCCGCAGUGCAGCCUGUGCUUGCCCUGCCCUCGUGUUCUCGGCCUCCUGGGAAUGAGUGCAGAGAGGCCACGCCACCAUAGACGCCAACUGCUGCUUAUGUGUGGACUGAGCAGUCGGAGUCUGUGGCCAUACGAUUGCUGAAAAUGCACUGCAUUGCUUUUCUAAAGUAACAAAUUUGGGGUUUUUUUUUUUUUUUUUUUUUUAAAAAACCAUUAAACUGUGUGGGUGUGGAUGUCUGUGAGCAGUUGUCUUACCAGAAUCAAUGUUAAACUACCUGAAACACACCUUUAGCAUACUCAGCAAAACGCUCUCGCCACUUCCCUUAUGCUAGUUUCCUGUUUUGACCCCAAGUUCAAUUAAUAUUUUUUUCCCAGUGUGGUUUUAGGUGAAUUGUUUUGAGGGAAUAAUUUGUUUAUUUCUUGGAAUCGAUCAAAUCCAAACUGAGGGCACAAGCCGGCCUUCUGCUUGCUGUCUGUCCCAGCUUGUAUCUAACUGCACAGCAGGGGUGGCUGCUGUGAGCAUCAGAGGCAUGCUGGGUAGUUUCUGCUGUCUGCUGUGUGCACCCUUCAGGAACUUAACAAUGGAGUCAAGGAAUUUUGGAAUCACUAGCAACAAAAUAGUGAAGCCUGACAAUUCUACUGACACUAGUAUAUAAAUCUUAAUUCUAUGCCUGUUUUUGUUUGGUUUUUAACAAAGAAUUGUCUGUCUGUGCAGACUGGACUGUUGGGUUGUCCAUUGUCCACGUGGCCUGGGAGCCUCGGGGUGGCCUGGAGCCUCUGGGGUGGCCUCUUUGCUUUGCUUGUUUGUUGUUGGCUUUAAACAGACAUUUGUUCUUAGUAGAUAGAAUUUUAAGAAAAAAAUUGUCACGGUCUAUAAUCCAAGGGAUCACAUUUUAGGAGCAGGAAUACAUUUUAAUUAACCCUGAUCUCCAGAGAUCUUAAUUGGAAAGCUUUAAAGCGGCUACAAGGUUUAUCCUUUGACCCCAUCUCUGGGGAGUUUUGAAUGCUGACCUACUUUUUUGCCUUUAUUAAUAUGAAAAAUUCCCAAACUUCAAGCACUUAAGAUUUCAAGACCAAAAUUAAGUUGGGUUUGAUAAGUUGACUUGAGUCAUCCCUGCCUGACCUAGCGACUUCACUUGGCAUUGUUGUCACACUUACAAGAAGUUACAGUAAUGUUGAAUGGGACUUGUAAGAGGCUUCCUUCCCUCUGUCUUUGAAGCCAUAUUCUGCCUGCGUGUAUUAUAAGGAAGUGGUAAUUUCAGUAGCUUUUCUAUUCCUGACCUUUUUCAUUCUUGUUUUCUUGUGGUCCAAUCCCUUCCACACACAGCUAAAGGAAAGCUACAAAAUAAAACACACACAGAAACAAACUUAUAAGCUGUUUAACGUGUAAGCCAAAGCCAAUAAUGAUUGAAGGUUUUCUGUGUCUUCUGUAAUUGUUAAUCACUUUGCAAAAGGGGGUGAAAUGUCAAAUUGCCUGUAUUUGCAUUUCUGGACUGUAAACUUUGUAUGUAAUAUAAUGUGUGUGGUUUUUAAUUGAGCUGUAUAAUCUGUUUAUUUUGAGGCCUACAGAACUGUAUGGUUUUUUUACUUAAUGUAAUAUAGGGGACCCUUCUCAUUCUCAAAAAAACAUUUUCCAAAACCUCUGAAUAUCUAAAUUUGGUAAGCUACUGUAACAUACUACAGUAAGGUAUAAGUAAUUAAAACCUUUAAAUGGCCCAUAGUGUUUAACUAAAAACCUGAUAAAACAUGGGGAGGUGGAGGGACUACUACACUUAAAAGCUGCCACGUCGUCAUCCCUGAGUAACUGCCUUAUAGUCCAGCUCUGUGUGUCUGAGGUCCGAAUUAGAGCCUUGGGAGUGUAGGAUGUAUUACUUCUUAGUGUAGACUGGGAACAGUUGACAACUUGAGUCUUCAGGUGCCAGGCGUCUACUAUAGCAUCAGUAAGUAUUUAGCAGAAACUAACUCCAUAAUGAAUGGAAUUCAAUUCCACACAUGGUUUGUUCAAGCACACUUAAUAAGUAGUCUACUUUUAAAUGUCUUUUUUUAAAAAUGUAAAUACUUGGAUGAAGCUUUUCUUUGUUUCAAUAUAGUCAUUUACAUCAUGAACAUUGUUUUCAGAAUUUAUCUUUUGAACAAGUUGGCUUUAGAAUCUGUCAAGUGAAUGUAAGGAUCACGAGUAUCAAACUCUGUCACUGGACAUUGAGAAGAGUGGACUAAAGCGCGGACCCGCUAGCUCAGGUUGUAUGGCUUCAUCAUUUGGAUCAUGUGCUGUGUGUAGUAAGGGAGCUGUCCGCCAAAGCUUGGCCUGAGAGGUUUGGAAAGGAGAAGUGAGUGAGGCUCAGUAUAAAAGGCUACGGGGGAAGAAUCAGGUAGAAAUGAGACGUAGCAGUGACGUCAGAAAGUGGAACUUGGUAGGCAUCAGCCUGGCAUCAUCAUUAGAGCAGUGAGCACUAGAACACUGAGAGUGGAGGUGGAGGUGUGGUUACGCCCUUCCUGCAGUGUGCAGAGGCCUUCCUGCUCUUGAUAGAAAGGACGGUGAGCUUGAGGGUGCAUUUGACCCACGACUUUUGUUUGUGUUUAUUUGGGGUCUUACAACCUUGAAUUCCUUCAGUAUGGUGUGAAAUCAUUACAGUUUAACUCAGAACAGUGUAUAUGCCCUCAUCAAGACUGUGAUAGACUAGAUCCUUGAUUUUUCUUUGAGCUCCAAAAUUGUUAGCUUAAAUGAAGUAGAGUUAAAUUAGGUAGAGUUGAGGUACUUUACUUCCGUGGUGUUGGGUAGCAUCGGCAGCCAUGUAACGAGUCCGUGAACUUGGCCUGUGUUUCCUAAGUAAAUCCUUACUCGGUUCAGAGAGGAGCAGCUGGUUCUCAUUUCUUGUUAGCGGUGUGCUUGUAUGCUUGUGAUGGAUGAUAGAUGCGAGGUUUCGCCUCUGCAAAGUACUUGCUAGGGUGCACAGGACUCAGCAGUUGCAGGUAGCUGAGCAAUAGUUGGUUCAGGGCAUUAAUUGUAUUGAUGUCUGCUUGGUUCUGUCCCUUUUUCCUUUACACAAAACUAGACUGAUUCUCUCUGAAGUGCUGGGAGUCUUUCUGGAUUUUAGAAUUGGGUGGGAACACACACACUGAGGCUGGGGACCCUGCAGUCAGUCGCCGUUGUAAGAAAGUGGGAAGGGAAGCUGGUUUGUUAAACGUGAGUCCUGAGCUGUGUUCUGCGGUGUCCUCCUAUUUAUGACUCCUUACAACAGCUCCCUGGGGCAGGCGCGUUGUCCUCUGUACAUGGAAAAGAGCCACUGAAUUGAAGUGACUUGGAGCCUAACUGUUAAAUGUGGCUUCAGAAGUGGCUUUUAAACAAACAAACAAACAAACAAACAAAAAACCUUAGUGUGUUUUCCUUUCACGCAUACAUCAUUUCAGAAAUUUUACAAAACCAAGCAUUUAGGCAGCUUACAAAUCUUUAUUUUCUAGAAUCCAGCAGCUAUAAAGUAGAGAUGGUAUUGGUAUUGAAUAUACAGAUGUGCUUGUACCAUGCACACAUUGAACACGCUUACCACCUAGCUCAUGGGCACUGUGGGAAAUGCAUUGUGCAUCUCUGUACUUAGCUCUGUGUGUGUGUGUGUGUGUAUGUGUAGAAUUACUUGAAUAGGAGAUUUAAUUUUUAUUCGUUAACCACAACACCCCAUUAAAUCUUCAUUAAAUAAUAUAUGUUAUAUGUCUCCCUAUUAAAACAGCCAUGUUCUUUACAAACAUGUGGCAGUGUGUGGUGGUUCAUGCCUGUAAUCCCAGCCCUGGGAAGGUUGAGGUAGAGGGAACACGGAGACAGAUGCCUGGCAACAUCAUAAGUUCCCGUUUCAAAAACAGAAACCAGUAUGUUUGGAUUGUUUGAUUGGAUUUUGUGUUUAAGCUGAAAUACCCAUAUUCAUGUUAGAGAUGGAGUGUAUUAUACAGGCAGGUUGGGGUUGGUUCAGGUCUGGGGUUACAAGACUUCUGAUUUAGUUUCUAUUCAGUUUGGGUUUUCUUUAGGCACAGUAAGACAUCACAAAGAAACUCCAGUGCAUCUGGAAAGCCCAGAGGAUAGCUCUCUGGUGUUGAAGGCACAGGUAAUUCGUGCCUGUGUUUUCCCCUAGAUGGACUUCUGUAGGUGGUCGUGACAGUUUGUCCUCCCAUUAGCAUAUCUCCCUCUGCCCCAUUGUGAGCCCUGAGUCUUGUGUACGGUCUUGUCACACUUAGGUUGAAACCUGUUCCUACCUAAAGAAGCAACAGGGCAAGGUGAGUCUUAGUUUGAGGUCAGCCUGCUCUACUUGGUGUGUUCUAGACCAGCCAGAACUACAUAGUGAGACCCUGGAAUAUAGUGAGUUCAAGACAAGAACUUGGGAGGGGGGCAGAAGGCUGGAGAGAUGGCUCAGUGGUUAAGAGCACUGACUGCUCUUCCAAAGGUCCUGAGUUUAAUUGCCAGCAACCACAUGGUGGCUCACAACUGUCUAUAAAAGAAUCUGAUGCCCUCUUCUGGUGUAUCUGAAGACAGCUACAAUGUACUCAUAUAAAUAAAUAAAUCCUUAAAAGAUAACAACUAAGCAUGACAAAAUAAAAUAUAAUAAAAAAGACAAGGACUGGGAGCGUAGUAGCUCGGUUGACAAUGUCCUUGCAAGCAUGAGGAUUUGGGGCUGGUCUCCAGAACCCAUGUGCAAAUGCCAGGUGUACCAUGUUCUGGGGAAGUAGAGGGGCCAGGAGCCUCCCUGGACUUGUUGGCCAGCCCUGCCUCAAAGGUGGCAGUCACCCAAGGUUGUCCUCUGGCUUUCACAUACCCUCAUUAGAAAAUGCAGGCUCGUUUUCACUUGUCAUUUUUUGCCAGGGGACUGGCAUGGUUCAUAAAUACUUAGGUGGGGCUGGAAAGAGGGCUCAGAGAGCGUUUAGUGCUCUUGAAGAGGACCCGAGUCAGUUCCUAACACCCAUAUUGGGUGGUUCAGAACAGCACUUCAUAUAUAUAUGGUUGAAAUAAUUCCUUGUAAGAUGAAUAAAAAUUCCUAGUAUUGAACUCAUUAGCCAUGAAGCUGAAUGAAAAGCUGUUGAGGUGUGAUCUGUCCCCGUGGAAACUAGAAGGCACCUAGGUCUAAAGCUAUGACCACUAAUGAAAAGUUUAUCCACAAUCAGGUUCUUCAUAUGCUGAGUGAGAAUGUGAAAUUCUGCUUUUUUAUUUGUUCUGUUAACUACAGACCACUAGUCAGUACAGCAAUAUCAAGAGGUGUUUCAAAAUACUGUGUACUUAGAAAAGGGGAGGGGGAGGCCACAUAGCACCAGAGUUCAGAUUCCAGGGUCGCAGUUAGAGGCAACUUUGGUUUCUUCUCUGAUGGGUUGCCUUCUGCCCCCUGGGUGGUUAGGUGUUUCUGGAGUCAGAUGCAUGCAGUGUGUCUUUUACACAACCACCCGUGACUGGUGGCUCCUCCUGUGAAUGUGUGGUACUGUUGCACUGCCCAUGAAGUACAGGGAGGGGCGACAGGGUGCUUCGUGGAUGUAGAUGAGAAGGAAUACAGUCCACUAACUAUGCAAGGACAGUUCUUUCUUGGAAGAAGAGUAAAAGUGCUAAGUGUGUGUGGGUGACUAGCGUGGGUGCGCUAGGCUCAGUCCCCAGUACAGAAGGGAAAAGGUAGGAAGGGCAUGUAGUGUGCCUAGUCUGGUGGGUUAGUGAUGAACCAGAGGGAGAAGGCUGGCAGGGCAGGUCUUACAGUCAGCUUACAAGCUGGUGGCUCUUUGUCAGCAUGUUUAAAGCGGUUAUAUUUCCAGUGAAGUUGUUGGCCUUCAGAAAACCAUGAACUUACCUCUCAGAAUUCCUUUCAGCACCUGGCAGUGGCACAUGCCUUUAAUCCUGGCACUUAGGAGGCAAGGCAGGUUGGUCUAUGUGAGUUUGAGGCCAACCUGGUCUACAGAGUGAGUUCCAAGAUAGCUAGGGCUACACAGAGAAACCCUGUCUCAAAAAAAAAAAAAAAAACCCACAAAAAAAAACAGGAGACUUUUCAGAAAUCAAACUAAACUAACCAGCCAGCCAGAGCUUAAAUUUGUUGAAGGAGGUUCUUGAAGUCUGAAGGCAUUUUAGACAGGAGACUGAGAAGUACUGAAGAAUGGCCUAUACAGAGUUUAGAGCACUAGCCGUAGCGUACAAGACUGCGUUCAGUUCUCAGCACCAAGAAAUAAAGGUGUCAGUCAGAGUAGGAUUAUCAAGCUCUUGCUCCUGACCGAGCACUUGUCCCGACCAACACCAGUGCACAACACGUAGCUGCUGAGCCUUGUGGCUGAACCCUUCCUCUCCCCCAUCCUCUCCAUCACUGGCACUUGGUCUGCUUCUUGAAAGCCUGGACUUAAGUCCUACAGAUCCUUCUCUGUGUCAGCUUCUCUUUUGUCAGAGUGUCCUCUGUGCUUCUGGCUGCCUCCGUUCCCCUCGCAAGGCUCGUGGUCUUUCAUGUUUCUUUUGAUUUCUCCCUGGCUGGCCAAGCCUGCUCUCCUAGGAUUGUGUGGCCACCUUCACUUAGUUCUUUGGCUUCCAUGAACCCUAAGUCCAUGCCAGAGAUGGUGAUGCUGGCCCGGGCUAGCUCCAGCUCUUCUCACCACUCUGCCGUGCUGGGCUUGCUUACUCCAGUCCUUGGUUCUCUGAUGUAAAUUAUUUCCUUCAUGACCAUUCUAACUGCCUGUGUCACGUUAGUCUUUCUUUUCCCUGGGCCAAUAGCAAGUUUACUGUCCUCUGAGGCCUCUGUCCAGCUCUGGUGUCGCUUAUUGACACCCGACUUCCUUUUAUCCCGCCGCUAUUAAUGAGUGACAGCUGGUCUUAGUUCUGCUUCAACUUAACAUUAAAUUUUGGGUCUCUCUACUUUCUUCUCGGUUCCCUUCAGCUGGAGCUGCUAUUCUAACUUAGCACUUCCCCCAUGUGUGGUUUCACGCAGGGUGGCUCAGGCAGGUUCAUUUAUUAGAGAGCCUUACAGUGUGAGGGUCUUCACGGUGAUGUGUCUGAAGGUGUUGUUUGGGUAUCUUGUGUGUCUCUUCAGUGAAAAUAGAGGGAAUGAACCAGUAGUUCUCAUGCAACGUUGAUACACAUUCCACGCGAGUGUCAAGAUGACCGUGCUAAAUCUGGUGAGCCUGACACUCCUCCCUGUUCUCAAGGUGCAUCCCACUGUUAACAGCUGAUGGGGAAGGCAUCUCGGCUAUAUACGAACUUUCUCGAGUACCAGCCGUGUGACUGGUGGGUCCUGAGAGAUGAGACGCACAAAGACAUCUUAAAAAUACUAAACAGAAAAAAAAAAGAAAAACAAAAAACUAGUCCAGGUAUGAUGGUGCCUGCCUUUAACCCCAGCACUUGGGAGGUAGAGGUGGGCAGAUCUCUUGAGAGAUCUGGUCUAUGUAGUGAGAUCCUGUCUAAAAAGGAAGUGCAGAUUCGAUCAUCAUUUUGCUCAGAAUUAUGUUUUUAAAAGGUAGCAUACUCUACUUACAAAAAUAUUGCCAUUUCAGAUAACAAAGACACGUCAUAGAAUCAAGGCGACUAACAAAAGAAUUUCAUUCUAAACUUGAUAAUCCCAGCGACUUGGGAGGCUGAGGCAGGAGCGUCGUGACUAGUAGACCUGCUUGAGCUGCAGAAUGAAUUUCAAGACCAGCCUGGGCAAUGAAAUGAGACUGUUCAAAGAGCCAGGGAUGGAGCUCAGACGUAGAGAGCUUGUUCAGGAUGUGUGUGGCCCUGGGCUCCAUCCCCGUCCCCCAACACACAUGUGCUGCUGGGCUGCUGACUUUGCGGGUCAUGGUCACAAAAGACACAUGAGGCUUCAAAGACCUUCCCUCCUCCCGUUCCCACUGAUAAUAAGAGUUUGGGUUUCCAAUAAUCACACACACACACACACACACACACACACACACACACACACACACAAAACACGGUCCAGCCAGUUGACUGUUCUGUCAGCUGAGGCCGUUGAACCUAGAUCUCUAUCCAAGCUCUGCUCUUCGAAGUCACGCUGUUGAUGUGCCUCGCAGAAAGGCCACUCAUCUUGAGGCUGCAAGCUUGGAGAAUGUGGCUUUAUCACUAAUGCUUUCGGUCUUCUCUGUGAAAGAAAAACAUGCUCUGGAGAAUUAGAAAAACAGAGGUCUGUAAGAACCAGUAUUUCUAUGUUUUUUUACCAAACACUUAGAACAGUGUUAAAUUUCAGAUUAACCUUUAAAUGCUAAAUCUAAAGCGACAUAUAACCAAAAUGUGGACGCAGUCUUUGAGCAAGGGUGGUGGGUUUUUUUUCCCCUUUCCAAAAUGUUUGUAAAGUGCUUAUAUUUUAUAAUGAAAGCAAUAAAUAUGAAUGUUGAAUUUA